CUCUCCUUGCAGAUGUCGGGGGUGCUGCUGAUCGCUGCCUGGUGCUUCCUGCAAGUGGAGAGCCGGCAUCCUGAAAUCAUCACGAGUAGCAGCAAUCAUGGCAAUUUCCUGGACAACGACAAAUGGCUGAGCACCGUCUCGCAGUACGAUAAGGACAAGUACUGGAACAAAUUCAGGGAUGAAGUUGAGGAUGAUUAUUUCAGAAACUGGAAUCCAAACAAGCCAUUUGAUCAAGCCCUGGAUCCCUCCAAGGAUCCCUGCUUGAAGGUGAAGUGCAGCCCCCACAAGGUGUGUGUCACCCACGACUACGAGACUGCGAUUUGCGUGAGCCGCAAGCAGCUGGUGCACAGCCUUCGACAAAAGAAAGGCAGCUUGGCCCAGAAGCACUGGACUGGCCCAGCCAACAUAGCCAAAUGCAAGCCUUGUCCCAUGACACAUUCCAGCCCUGUCUGUGGAUCUGAUGGACACACCUACACUACCAAGUGCAAGUUGGAGUUUCAUGCCUGUACUUCUGGCAAAACCAUCACAGCUCGAUGUGAAGGGUCCUGCCCCUGCCUUCCAGGACCUGAAAGUUCAAAACACAAGGUGGAGAAGACUGCUUGCACAGACAAGGAACUGAGGAGCCUGGCUUCAAGGCUAAAGGACUGGUUUGGUGCUCUCCACGAGGAUGCCAACCGGGUCAUCAAACCCACGAGCUCGGAGACGGCGCAAGGCAGGUUUGACACCAGCAUACUGCCAAUCUGUAAGGAUUCCUUAGGCUGGAUGUUCAACAAACUCGACAUGAACUACGACCUGCUGCUGGAUCCCUCGGAGAUCAGUGCCAUUUACCUGGAUAAGUACGAGCCGUGUGUCAAACCGCUCUUCAACUCCUGCGACUCCUUCAAGGAUGGAAAGCUUUCCAACAACGAGUGGUGCUACUGCUUCCAGAAGCCAGGAGGUCUUCCUUGCCAGAAUGAAAUGAAUAGAAUUCAAAAGCUAAGUAGAGGGAAGAGUCUGUUGGGUGCUUUCAUCCCCCGGUGCAAUGAAGAAGGUUAUUACAAAGCCACUCAGUGCCACGGCAGCACAGGGCAGUGCUGGUGUGUUGAUAAGUAUGGCAAUGAGAUAGCUGGCUCCAGAAAGCAAGGGACAGUCAGCUGUGAAGAAGAGCAAGAAACCUCAGGGGAUUUCGGCAGCGGUGGAUCUGUUGUAUUGUUGGAUGAUUUGGAAGAGGAGCCCGAAGCGACAAAAAAGGACAAAGAAGGGAGACUGAAGAUUCAUGUAAGAGCAGCUAAUGAAGAUGAUGAAGAUGAAGAUGAUGACAAGGAUGAUGAGAUUGGUUAUAUAUGGUAGUGCCCAUCAUAAUGAGGACUCACAUUUUGCACAAUACUGCAAGUCACGUCAUAUCUCUGCAAUCGUAUCUGAGAGUACCCGGCACAAAUAUCCCCUCUCUACUGAGUUUAAUUUUGUAUAGUCUGUUUAAUUUGGAUGACAACUUUUAUUUCUUUUUUUCCAGCAAGGACUGUUUGGAAUACAGCUUUUGUUCGGUUGGUUUGGGGGAUUUUUGUUCUAUCCACAGGGGACAAUGAGCUUUUGUUUCAAAACCAUUUCGUGUCUUAAAUCCUCGCUCACACCACUUACAAAACACAUCCUGCGAAAGAAGAAUCCCGGAAGGGGCUCAAAAAACCAAUACAAGGCUUAGAAGCCCUUCUCAUGUGAGAGAAUCUGUGUCAUUAAUUGUCACCUGGAUCGUAUCAGAAACGGCUUUUUCUUUCAUGAAGAAGGAAAAGUAGGUGCCUCAUUUUCCAGUCCACAUUUGUGAUGUUCCAGUGAAGUCUCUUCAGACAGUGGCUGCUUGGUAUCAGGGGUUUCAUCCAGAGAGAGAAACCCCCUGGCAGGAUUUCCUCCUUCUUAUAUUCUCUGAGUCCAACAGGUUUAGUCCAGCUCAGGCUGCAGGCAAAGCUCCCCCAGAGCACAGAUCAUUUGACAAAGAAACAGGGUCUUGAUGUUAAGAGAUGCUGAGAACCUGCAGCUAUCACUGACCUACAGGCAGGGAACAGGGCCCAUCGGCCUUUCAGAGUGCUUUUAAGGAGAGUUUUGUUUGUUUGGAGCAUCAUGAGCACCUCCACAGCUGCUCCUCAGCUUCUGCCUGAACUCAUUUACACUCGGAGUUUCCCCAGUGUCGCACAGGCAGCCUCUGCUUGCAGCUCACACACUGUGGGUCUGCCUGACCCUCAUUUAGCAACCCCUCAUCCCAAAGUUAUAGCGCUGUCAGACACACUAACCAUCAGAAGUAAUAAGCUUGUCGUUCCUUUAAUUUAAGGAGUUAAUAUUUAUUUGGCCUGUUU